GCGGCGCCCUGAGCGGCCCGGCGGAGCCAUGGCGGCCCCGGGAGAGGCGCCGGGAGAGGCGCUCCGGGCCGUGCUGCGGCCCAGCGGGGCCCUCCCGGCCGAGGCUCUCCCGGUGCGCGGCUACGACUUCUCGGGCGGCGCGGACCACGCGGCGCUGCUCCGCUCCUUCCGCACCACCGGCUUCCAGGCCACGAGCUUCGCGCAGGCGGUGGCCGAGAUCGAGCGGAUGAUCGCGGCCAAGCUGGAGCCGCUGAGCGCGGAGCAGCGGGAGCGAGCGGCCAUGGCCGGGCCGCGGCCGCCCUCGGGCUGCACCAUCUUCCUGGGCUUCACCUCCAACCUCGUCAGCUCCGGCGUCAGGGAGAGCAUCCGCUACCUGGUGCAGCGCGGAAUGGUGGACGUGCUGGUGACCACGGCCGGGGGUGUCGAGGAGGAUCUGAUCAAGUGCCUGGCGCCCACCUACAUCGGGGACUUCCACCUGCGGGGCCGGGACCUGCGGGAGAACGGCAUCAACAGGAUCGGGAACCUGCUGGUGCCCAAUGACAACUACUGCAAGUUCGAGGACUGGCUGAUGCCCAUCCUGGAGCGGAUGGUGGACGAGCAGGACACGCAGGGCGUGCGGUGGACGCCGUCCCGGAUGAUCGCCCGGCUGGGCAAGGAGAUCAACAACCCCGAGUCCAUCUGUUACUGGGCCCAGAAGAACAACAUCCCGGUGCUGAGCCCGGCGCUCACCGACGGCUCCCUGGGGGACAUGAUCUUCUUCCACUCCUACAAACGCCCGGGGCUCGUGCUGGACAUCGUGGAGGACCUGCGCCUCAUCAACACCCAGGCCAUCUUCGCCCCCAAGACCGGCAUGAUCAUCCUGGGCGGGGGCCUGGUCAAGCACCACAUCGCCAACGCCAACCUCAUGAGGAACGGCGCCGAUUUCUCCGUCUACGUCAACACGGCGCAGGAGUUCGACGGCUCCGACUCGGGCGCGCGGCCGGACGAGGCCGUGUCCUGGGGCAAGAUCCGCGUGGACGCCACCCCCGUCAAGGUCUACGCCGACGCCUCGCUCGUGUUCCCGCUGCUGGUGGCAGAGACGUUCGCCCGGAGAGCCGACGCCUUCCCGGUGCCCGCGGGGACCCCCGAGGCUGGAGGGACCCCCGAGGCUGGAGGGACCCCCAAGGUCUGAGGGACCCCCAAAGUCUGAGGGACCCCCGAGGUCUGAGGGACCCCCGAGGUGUGGGGGACCCCCCAGGCUCAGCUCUGGGUGUGCUGAGCCCCCCUCGCUGCAGGGGCUCCCGGCUCAGCACUGCCCACAGCGUGGGGAACAGUGGGGUGAAUCCCCCUGGGGGGGGGGACAGGGGCCCCCCACGCCUGCACCCCGCUGUCCCCGUGUCCCCCUCGUCUCCCCCUCCCCGCAGCGCUCGUGUUUAUUUAUUCCGGCUCCCAAUAAAGCACGGCAGGGUC